AUGAGCCAGACACUUAAGCAGGCCGCUGAAUCAGCUCGCUCAAAGACCAGCGAUGUCUUUGGAGCUGCUCGAGGCGACUCGACCGCAAUUGCCAAUGACAUCCUGCACACUCCUCUCAUGAGAGCCGCGCUUCCUUUCAUCAAUGGUGGCCUUAGUGGAAUGGUGGCUACCACCGUCAUCCAGCCCGUUGACAUGGUCAAGGUCCGCAUCCAACUCUCUGGCGAAGGAACAGCUACUGGCCCUAAACCUUCUCCUUUGGCUGUCACUCGACAAAUCAUUGCCAGCGGAAAAUUCCUUGACCUCUAUACUGGUCUAUCAGCUGGUCUUCUGCGCCAAGCUGUUUACACCACAGCCCGCUUGGGCAUGUUCGAUACACUCAUGAAGAACUUGUCCGCCCGAGCAAAGGCUGAUGGCCGUUCAGUCGGUUUCUCAGAGCGAGCCACAGCUGGUCUUACAGCCGGUGGUAUUGCUGCCAUGAUCGGUAACCCUGCUGACUUGGCACUCAUCCGAAUGCAAAGUGACGGCCUCAAGCCUCUUGCCGAGCGAAAAAACUACAAGUCCGUCAUUGAUGCUCUUACCAGCAUCGCCAAGAGCGAAGGUGUAGGAGCUCUCUGGGCCGGUGCUGCUCCCACAGUUGCCCGUGCCAUGGCUCUCAACUUUGGUCAGCUUGCCUUUUUCAGUGAGGCCAAGGUCCAACUCAAGAAGAACACCGACCUCUCUGCCCGCACGCAGACUCUAACAGCGAGUGCCAUUGCUGGUUUCUUUGCUUCAUUCUUCUCGCUGCCUUUCGACUUCGUCAAGACACGUCUGCAGAAGCAGUCCAAGGGCCCCGAUGGCAAGCUCCCCUACCGAAGCAUGAUGGACUGCUUCUCCAAGGUUGCCAAGCAGGAGGGUCUCGGCCGUUUCUAUCGUGGUUUCGGCACAUACUACAUCCGCAUUGCUCCCCACGCUAUGGUGACAUUGAUUGUUGCCGACUACCUUGGCUGGAUCACCAGGUAA